AUGGGCGCCGUUGAGAGUCACAGCUACGAGGACACCAUUAUCGUAGGCAGCACGGACGACGCCGGCUCAAGCCUCCAUCACGGAGACGACGAGCUCCCGGUUCCGCUUCCGCCGGCCGAACUUCCGCCGCCCGGUUCCGCCGGCAAUGCGCCGCCGGCGCCAUUGGAAGCGAUGACGAUGAGCUUCUUGCAAGAAGCGGCGAUGAGGCGGCGACAAGGCACCACCAAUGGCGACGGACAAACCAUUCUCAUCCAAAGGCUUGGCGAGCUACUACGGGCUUACCGCGCCAACGCCGCCGGCGGCGCAAACGGCGGCGGCGCCCCCAGGUCCGGAAGACAACGGCCGGCCUCGGCAGCGGCGGUGGCGGCGCUGGAGAAGCGCAAGCACGGCUGCGGGGGCGGCGGCGGGGCUGCGGCGCAAUGCGUGAUAUGCAUCGAGGAUUACGAGGUGGGCGAUGACAUCAGCGUGAUGCCGUGCUCGUACGGGCACAGCUUCCACCAUGCGUGCCUCGCCGACUGGCUGGCGCGGAGCCGCUUCUGCCCGCUGUGCCGCCAUAAGCUGCCCGCCGCCGACGACGACGACCAAGACGACGCGCCCGACGGACAAGCACCUUAG